AUGGUGUUAAUAACAGAGGAACAGAGUGAAGGUUCAAAGGUUCUGGAGAAUGGAGUGUUCCGAGGCGUGGGACUGGGCGAGAGUCCGCUUAGGACUAAUAAAGUGGCUAUGGAUACACCUGCCAUAUCCAUCACCAAUGUUGAAAACAAUGAGGAUGAGUUUGAGGUGUCAGGAGAGGACGAUAGCGAGGAUUUUGAAGUUGAUUACACACACAACUAUUGGGAGGAUGAGGACGAUAUCUACCAAGAGUUCGAGGAGUUGGACUUUGAUGCCCUGCCAGAUCGCUCGGACACGCAGAGCAUUGUCUCCGACGAUUCUUUCUACCCCCAUGACGAUUCAGUUGGGUCUCAAAUUAUGUACCUGCAAUCGCCAAGCCCUGACAGCCCCGAACCCAUUUCCUUCUUUAAGGCCUGCUGCAACAACAACACCAUCAUCGUCAAGAUUAUGAUCAGACAAGGAGUGACCGAAGAGGAAGUGAAAGAGACGGAUCGGAACAGAAGAUCUGGUCUGAUUAUGGCGUGCUACCAUGGCUACGUGGAAGUGGUCAUCGGCCUCUCUCAGUGCCCGUUUCUCGAUGUCAACUGGCAGGACAACGAGGGUAACACUGCUCUUAUUACUGCAGCACAAGCAGGUCAUGCGUUCAUCUUGAACUACCUACUCAACUACUUCCCUGGGCUGGACAUCGAGAGGAGGAACUGUCACGGUUAUACAGCUUUGAUGAAGGCUGCCAUGCAGGGCCAGGCUGAGUGUGUCAGGGCUCUCAUGCUGGCUGGAAGUGAUAUUCAGGCAAGGGACAACAGUCGCAAUAUGACACCCAGGGAGUGGGCUCUCUUCACUGGUCGAUACGAGACAGCCAAUCUGAUGCAUCGGCUGAUGUCAAAGCCCUGUGCUGAGCAGAUCUGUGACACCUUCUCCCUGGAGUGGCCCAUGCUGGAGGAGCUGGUGGCCCAGGCCCAAGAGCCAAAGUCUUGCUGGAGGCGUUUGAUCAACUCCCUUUUCUGCUGCCCUCAUGGGUUUUACAUCAAUAACAAGGUUAACCCUGUGGAUGAUGGCGUUCUUGAGCACAUGGUCCACAUCACCACCAGUAUCUCCAGUCCAGUCAUUGCCACAGCUUGCCGCACUGUGUGUCCAGGCAGCCCUCCGUGCGUCGGGAAGCGUCGUCAGGCUGUGCAGGAGAUCCUGAGGAGGCAACGGGUAUCUGAGCUGAAGCGUCUGGGCCCGGACAGACUUAACAACUACAAGAGAUUUUUCCAGAACUCGCGUAUACUUCUUCUCCCCAAGUCGAUGGAUCGGAGAGCCAGCCUGCAGCCUCAGCUGCUAAACGACAUGGCCGCGGUGGCCAUGAGACGAGCAAGCCUCCUGCCUCUUAACAUGCUGAGGAGAAGCAGCGUGCGACCAGGCAUUGUAGUGCCCAAAGUGAGGCUCUGCAAAGCCCCGCCUCCGAACUUCAAGCCUGAAAAACUCAAACGGAGCAAUAACAACAGCAACCAGCUCCAGAUCCCCAAGUGGAACUACAAGAUGAAGAAAAUAGAGAGGAGGCAGGAGGAAGAGAGGAAAAAACUGUUACCUCUGGUAAGGAGGAAAUGA